CUCUCACUCAAGGAGCCGGCUUAAAACAAUUCACUCUCUCAAUCCCAUCCAUUUCACAGCAUCCGAUACCCUUAAAACCACUUCACGUCCGGUCCUUCUUAAGUUUCCCCCACGUUACCUUCCGUACGACUUCCCGUCCAAUACCACUUCAUACCCGACAUCGGCUAUAGCCAUUACCCGCAGGGACUAGAUACCAUGUCCAAGUCCACAUCCACUAGCCCCGGCAGACACGCCAGAAACUCUGGCUCAAAGUUGCUCAAUGAUUAUCAACUCGGGGACUCGCUCGGAAAGGGCGCUUUUGGCCAGGUCUACCGUGCCCUUAAUUGGGCCACUGGGGAGACUGUCGCGGUCAAGGAGAUACAGCUUAGUAACAUACCAAAGGGAGAGCUGGGGCAGAUUAUGUCCGAGAUCGACCUACUGAAGAACCUCAAUCACCCUAACAUCGUCAAGUACAAGGGGUUUGUCAAAACCAAGGAAUAUCUAUAUAUCAUUCUUGAAUUCUGCGAGAAUGGAUCGUUAAACACCAUUUGCAAGCGUUUUGGCAAGUUCCCGGAAAACCUCGUUGCAGUUUACAUAUGUCAGGUCCUUGAGGGUCUUGUGUAUUUGCACGACCAGGGUGUGAUCCAUCGCGACAUCAAGGGCGCUAAUCUCCUCACAAACAAGGACGGAUGUGUCAAGCUCGCGGAUUUUGGUGUAGCCAGUACUGCUGCUGCUGGUACGAGCGAUGAUGCUGUGGUUGGGAGUCCAUACUGGAUGGCUCCGGAAGUGAUAGAACAGUCGGGAGCGACUACAGCAUCAGAUGUGUGGAGUGUUGGCUGUGUGGUGAUAGAACUUCUAGAAGGACGACCACCAUAUCAUUUCCUUGAUCCUAUGCCAGCAUUAUUCCGCAUUGUACAAGAUGACUGUCCUCCAAUACCGGACGGUGCCUCUCCGAUUGUAAAAGAUUUCCUGCUUCACUGCUUCCAGAAAGAUAGCAACCUGCGAAUAUCUGCAAAGAAGCUCCUCCGGCAUCCUUGGAUGAUAUCCGCCAGGAAGCAGAUGGACGUAGCUUCAAUAAAUGAGAGUGGGCCGCCAGCGAACGGGCAGCGGGGAUCCAACGGGAACAAGGAGCGACCGCGCAGUAAUUACAAUUAUGAUGAGGCCGUGCUGAAGGUGCAGGAAUGGAAUGAAGCCCUCAAGUCCCCACAUCGCCCCAUCAAGCAGGCGUCAAGGUCAAGUGUGCACGAAGCUCCGCCUUCACCUACUCCACCUUCGCGGGAUAAGCCUGCGAUCUCGCUCAUGCAGAAUUCUGCGCUUGGCUUGCACCCAACUGGUGUGGCUGCGCCUGCGCUUUUGAAGGCCGGUCCGCCCGCUAACACGAAAGCGUCAGUGCCACUUGGGCUUGUGGAGAAGAUCCGUGAACCGCUUGCGUUCACGCUGCAGCCUCCAGAAGAUGAGACGGACAACUGGGAUGAUGACUUCGAAGAUGGCAUCUCGUUUACCAAGCUAGCAGCGCUUGAGAAGAACAGUAGCUCGGAGUCGGAGGACGACAAGCAAGAUCCUGAAGACAAUAACCAGACCAUCCGCGCCCAGCGCAGUCCCGUAGGCGGGGCCACCAUUCCACUCGCCAAAGCUCCGGCCUCCGAGAUACCGCCAAUUGUGGAGGACUACUCGGACCUUGCUUCUGAAGAGGACGAGAUGCUUCUCCAGGAGAAGGUUGCAGACUUUAAGCUCAAGAACUCGGUCCGCAAAGGUCUCUUCCACCCAAACGACAUCAGGGUGCUCGGUAUAACUCAAAGCCUGUCCAGCUUUUCCUCCCCCUCCCACUCGCCAGGGCCGCUUUCAGCACCCCUCCCUAACGUCGAGAACUCACCCCCAUCUUUCCUGCGCGCGCUCUCAAAACGACCAUCGAGGCCAUCUUUAGGUCCGACACGCUCGCACUCACAUUCGAGGUCAUCUUCAUUCGUCGGCUCAUUUUCAAGCAGCUCGGGCUCGUUCACUCGAGCUGAGGCAAGAAGGAUUGCUAGCCAGACUGAAAUUGACAAGUAUGCGGAGGAUGACGUCGAGGACUAUGAUGAUGUGUUUGGGAAGCCCAGCGUUGGAUCGACUGAGCCUACGCAGACGUUGCAAUUGAACACUCGAUAUUCCAACAAAUCCUGGCGUGGAGACGAAGAUGAUGACGACGAUCCGUUCGCCGAGAUUGACGAGGGCUUCGCCGAAGAUGACCUGGAGACCAAUCUGCUGCGUGACAAGCAUGCCCGCCUCACUAGCAUGGUCAAUGAGCUCAUCGACGAGCUGACACCUUCUGCAGCUGAGUUCCAGCUUCGAGAGGCAUGCGAACAACUUAUAUCUAUCUUAAUUGAGGCUCCCGAGAUGCAGGCUCAGCUUGUUUCUGCUCACGGUAUGCUAGCGAUCCUCGAAGUGAUGGAGGGGAAACCUUCCCGGGACGUCCUCAUGAAACUCCUACAAAUCAUCAACAUCCUCGUUACCUCUGACGUCGGCUUCCUUGAGAGCUUCUGUCUCAUCGGAGGCAUCCCCGUGAUGAUGGGGUUUACGUCGAAACGGUACUCUUCGGAAUGCAGACAAGAAGCCUCAAAUUUUGUCCGGCUUCUUUGCCAUACCUCGGUUCUCACUUUGCAGAUGUUCAUCUCAAAUCGAGGACUCAAGGUGCUGGUUGACCUGCUCGAUGAGGACUACACUGAACAAAGCGAGCUCGUGGAGCAUGCCCUUCACGGCAUCUGCAGUGUUUUCGAACUGCAAAGCCCGACGACGAAGAACGACUUUUGCCGUAUGUUUAUCCGCGAAGGUCUGCUGGAUCCACUAUCGGCAGCACUUCUGAAUGUGAUGGGCAACAAGUCGCCCGAGGCGUUGGAGAUGAAGCACAGGAUCAUCCAGAUUCUGCUCGUCUUCUCGCAGGUGACAAUGAGCGACAUACAUGUGAGAAACGCUAUGGGUACACGGAAGAUCAUUCGGCGUCUCCUCAGGGCGUGCGAGCUGCUCGAGCCGGAGUGUGUCGUUCAGAUGCUUAAGGCGGUCAAGCACUUGUCGAUGAACGCGACUUUGCUCGAGGUGAUACAGAAUGCCAAUGCAAUUGAGAUCCUUGUGAGGCUGCUUGAUGAGCAACGGUUCGGUCCUCACAGUGCGGAAAUGUCGAAUCAUAUAUUCCAGACCUGUUACAACCUUUGCAGGCUCAACAAGCUUCGGCAAGAGGAAGCAGCGCAAGCGGGCAUCAUACCCUGCCUGCAGCGCGUGAGUGAGACGACAUCGCCCCUCAAACAAUUUGCCCUUCCUAUCCUUUGCGACCUCGCAAGCGCAGGGAAGAGCUGUCGCAAGUUAUUGUGGCAAAACAAUGGUCUUUCUAUGUACCUUGGCCUUUUGUCGGAUCCCUACUUCCAGGUUAGCGCACUCGAGGCCAUCCUCUCCUGGUUACAAGAUGAGACUGCCAAGAUUGAGGAUGAGCUCAUCAAACCCGACUCCCUUGAUGCACUCGUUACGUGCUUCGUGAACGCCAAAGCCAAUUCAUUCGAGAAUCUGCUUGACCCUUUUCUCAAGAUUAUGCGGCUGUCCACAGGUGUCACUGUUGGGCUCGCUCGCGCUCCCUUCUUCCGGCGCAUCGUCGAACGCCUUGGGCCAAGCUCGGGUGGCGGUGCCUCGCGUGCUGUCGUACGGCUGAACCUGCUGCGUAUCCUCCGUACGGCCUGUGACGUGCACCCGAACCGUCUGAUGCUCGUCGAGCGGUACGGCCUCGACUCACUCGUGCGUCGCCUGAGUGCGGACGACGGCGCGGUGCUCGUCCGCGAGCUCGCACGCGAGAUCCUGCCGGGACUGGAGCCUGCACUCCGUCCCUCUGGUUCACACCGGGUGUCGGGUGCGCUAAAGCCUGCAGAGGGCAGAACUGGGAGCGGUUUCGUUGCGCCGAAGAAGACAAGGCGGACAGCGUCGGAGGCGUCGGCGUCUGUUAGCUCAGUGUUCAGCCCGCCGGGUAGCGAACGAGGGGACAAGAGGUCAUCGCAUCUAUUGCAUAUGGAGAGGAGCCUGUCAGGUCCUGCUAGUAGGUCAGCCUCUGGAUCGGCAUCUAGGCCAGUGUUUUCCGCACCAUCGCGAUCAAGAUUAGCGUCCCCGCCGUCGAGCGAUAGCGGGGGCGAAAGACGACCUUCAGCGACAGAGAGAAGUUUCUCUACCUCGAGUCGCUCUAGGCUGUCAGAUUUAUCCUGGGGUUCUCAAGGCGGUCGAAGAUGAAGAUAGACAGAUGGAUAACCUACUGGCCUUGCCCCAAUAAAGGUAUAUAGGCAUGGAUACCUCUUAGAUACAUUCUUACUAUUGGCAUGCAUACCCCCCUUGCAUUUUUGUUUUAUUUCUCACUUCACUUGUCUGUCUCCUGCAAUAAGGAUUUUGGAAUUGA